AUGGCCCCGGCCGUGGAAAUCUCCUCCCUCUCCUUCUCUCGACGAUCCCAUUCUUCUCCCGAUCUUCCGUCACUGCCAUCACAAGCCAAGUCACCCUCGCUUGGCCAUCCCGUCUCGACCGACCACACAGCCUUGGAUAUGAAGGGCCUGGCCGAGUUCGCGACGUUUGAAAUACCCUCCUUCAACUCCGACUUGGACCUUAAGCUCGACAUCUCUCUUCCACUCGCUCUAGAGACCAAGCUGGCCCCUUCUACUACCUCCUCCGAAUAUGUCGACCCCAACCCCCCUUCUCCACCAACAACCUUGCAACAUCUACGCACAAAAUCUGCGGCCUCCUCCAACGAUGGGCCUCGCUCAUGGCUGCGCAGCUUGACGACCAUCCGAGAUACCCAGUACGAGGACGACGAGGACGCUGCUCCUCCUCCAUUCGACGAACCACGGCGGCCCGCUACAGCAAACGAAGUGCCCAUGGACAGCGACGAGGCAGCUCGCCGAACGGCCCGGGACCGCGCCCAAUCCACAUCUGCGAGCUUUGCCAGCUUCACCAAGAGGUCGUGGAUUCCGUCGUCGCGCUCGCUGCCCAAAGUCCAAUCAGACACUCCAGUUCCAGCCGCGACGAGCGUGAAGCAGGAAGCGAAAUCGAACCGCUACCAGCUGAAACGGGCUGUGACGGCCAGCAUCCAGGAAAUUACGACCAAUCAGACGACCCAAACCCGCUUAGUCGACUCAGGUGCUAAGCCCGCGACAAAGGGACUCGCUCGUGCCACCAGCUACUUCUCCAGGAUCAAGCAAAAACCCGCGUCCACGUUGUCUAAAACAAGUGACAGCAUUGGCUCCGAUUUUAGCUGCGCCUCGUCUGCCACCAGCUUGGCUCAGCCGGGCUCCAGCAGCAUCGACACGCAUGUCUCGCAGUCCACCUCUUCUGCAGAGACCAACUCCACGGCGCUCACCACAGAUGAAUCGUCGAGCGAAAUGCCAGCGCGCAUGCCCGAUCCCCUGUGGUCGCAGUUCAAGAAUCUGGACCUCGAGUUUCGCGGGUUCGCCUCAAAGGCCGUUGCCCAACAAUGCGCUCUGAUCCAGUCCCUGUUUCUGCCCUUUCUCAAGAGCACCACUAGCCAGCAGUCACUUAGCGGUCUGCGGCCCGAAGAUGUCGACUGCAGGGCUUCCAUUCUCAACAAGUGGUGGGGCGGUGUCCUCGACAUGCUCGAGGUGCAGCACCAACAGCCGGUCCCGGGCCUUGAUCGCCAGCUGCUCUUCGAGACGGCAACUACCAUCAUGAUGCGGCUUGAGUGGCGCCAGACAACGUCCUACUUUAUGCCCGUGUCGGAGCGGUCCCCUCAGGACCGGACGCGGGCGAGGUCAUCCACCAACUCAUCCAACUCAUCGCAGAGCUCAAACCAGUCCGCUAUGCUGGCGGAGUCGGCUGAGCACAACAUCAGGACCAUGUUCGUGUCUAACCUGGUGAGGCAGAUGGCUUUCGUGGUCGAAAAGAUGUCUCUCCGCCACGUGCCCCCGAGCUUGAUCGAGUUCGCUGGCAAGACGUGCGCAUACGCAUUUUUCUUCGCACCCGGUGUGUCUGAUAUCUUGGUGAGGCUUUGGGGGCUGACGCCUGACCUGAUUCGCCGUGUCGCUGAAAGCAUGGGCCUGGGUCGCAACAGCAGCAGUUCGCCAGUUGACGAGGAAAUUACAGCCUCAUUCCCACCGAGGCUGAGUUCCUUGGCUUGGUCUUCGCCUCGAGGAAUGUGGGCCACUCUGAAACGCAUCCCAAAGAUGCCUCUGCUUGUAGCGAGAGUGCCAUGGACGGGACCCUGGGUGAUGCGGUGGAAAGGUCGCGAUACCGAUCUUCUCUUCAUCUUCUGCAGACACUUUCACAUAUUGUCCGACCAAUUUAUGCCCGAGGGCCUCUCUUUGACUGAGAAAGCACAUUCGCCUGCAUUCGUUCUUGUUCAUGCACAACUCUUGUCGAUUCUGGAUGGCACCAUCCACCGCCAAGCUACCUUUGAGCCUCAAGGCUCUCUCUUGGCCAGCUCGGCUCGGGGAGCUGAAGCAGCAGCCUUGCAAAUGCCUAUGCCACCAAACAAUAUGAUGAAGAGCAUGUCGGAAAAUAGACUGGUCGUGUUAUUGAAAGACAUCCUGUCAGAUAGCGCCUCUUUGUAUCCCGGGGCGAGACAUACAUUCGCUGAAGCUUUCUCUGCGCUGUUGAAAGCUGCCGCGAGCAGGACCUCUAGAUACAACAGCACCUCGUGCUCAACGCUGUGUGACUUAUUGGAGGAGGUUAUCCUCAUCUACCAUCGGGCUGAGACGGCUGAAAGCCCAACAUGCUACAUCGACUGGCCUUUUUGGGUUGAGGUUUGCAAACUGGCCUUGACAUCGCUCAACACUCUUUCAGAAAUUCGAAUGAUUUCCUUCAUUUUCACGAUAUGGGAUGCCAUUGCCAAAGAUCCCGAGCAGAAGAUGAUGGUAUGCCGCGACUGGCUGUUGACAGAAGAAACCUUUAACGCUUUCUUCAACAACUGGUGCCCGAUGGUGCGAGCGUAUUACAUGCGUCUUCUUUGCUGGAGAAUCUGCCGUGACAAGGGUAGCCAGAAUGACACAGACAUGGAAAUAUUCGCGCUGGUUUCAAAGAGGCUCAAGAGCGUUUGGUCGCAUUAUCUAUAUCUUCAACAGGCUGCCGAGGAAGCUGGCCAACCAGGUCCCGCCACGGAACCAAUGUCGCCCACGCUAGGAAAGCGAUUCAUCAUCAUUCGUCAGGAAAUCAGUGUACCUCAGCCGGGCCUAUUUGUGACAUUUGAUACCUUCACCAAGGCGUCAAGCAUAGUGUCGCCCACUAGCGACAGCAGCGCCGACGCAAGCCUUCUGGCCAAGAAUGACCCAAAGAAAAAGUGGUCUAUUCUCAAGUUGCUGACAUUCACCUCGACGGCCUCUCCUACUACGAAAACCACCACGGAUUCACCAUCUACAGACGACGGACUUCAGAAUGCACGCCGCGAGGUUGCAAACUCUCGGGCGCGACAGAACGCUUCUGCCAGUCCACCCAGGACGGCCAAAUCCGACAAGAGCGUGGACUCUGAUGGCUCGAACCCGGUCUUUGAAGAGCCCAAGUUUACGUUCAAGUUCGUUCUGGGCUGGCCGCAGCCUAACCAGCAGCCGUCUCCCAUAGACCGCAUUCUCGCACGCCCGAGGCUCCCUACACCAGCCCAGGGUGGCUUGGUGCAAGCAGCAAGGAAUGCAAGCCCACUUAGCUCACCAGUCACAGAGCCUCGUCGCAAGUUAUCUCUCAGCGGCGGGAUAAUAUCAGAGGAGUCUUCGUCUACAAGCGGCUCCGAGACAAAUAGCGGCGCCUCGACACCUAGUGAAUCCAGGUUUCUUCCUUCUCCCAUCGUCCACCUGACGGCAAUCGAAGAAAGGCAGGGAGACGCCGAACCCGAGGCUGUAAAGCCCGCUGGCGUGUUUGUCAAGAACUUGGUUUACUCGGGACGUGCGUUAUCCGAGUGGAGUCUCGUGGUAGCGGAAUGCAACAACUUUGUUGAGCGCCGCCGUGACGAGGGCAUUGGCUCGCUGAGUGAAGUUGAAGUGCCGCUGCUCGGCGUCGAGGGAUUCCGCAAGAUGGGUGGCUAG